AUGGCAGACGUCGCCGUUCAAAAACGCCCCGCAUCUUCACCGUUCGCCGACCCCUCCUAUGCUUCCACCCUCGAUAAUAGUUUGGUCACGGAUAACAACGACUAUGCGAAGCUUAAAAGGCUUCAGCGACACCUUGAAUAUAUAAGCCUACAGGAAGAAUAUAUCAAAGAUGAGCAAAGGAGCCUGAAAAGGGAGCUCGUGCGGGCGCAGGAAGAGAUCAAACGCAUCCAAAGCGUUCCUUUGGUGAUUGGGCAAUUCAUGGAGGCUAUCGAUCAAAAUACUGGCAUCGUUCAAAGCUCCACGGGUUCAAAUUACGUCGUCCGAAUCCUGUCUACCCUUGACCGUGAACUACUGAAACCUUCAUCAUCAGUAGCGCUUCACAGACAUUCAAAUGCCCUUGUCGACAUUCUUCCUCCAGAAGCAGAUUCCUCCAUUGCUAUGCUCCAAGCACAUGAGAAGCCUGAUGUAACAUACGCCGAUGUUGGUGGUUUAGAUAUGCAAAAGCAAGAGAUCCGCGAGGCCGUAGAGCUUCCCUUAACCCAUUUUGAUCUCUACAAGCAGAUUGGUAUUGAUCCGCCACGUGGAGUUCUACUUUACGGACCUCCUGGGACUGAAAUAUCUUGGAGAGGGGCCUCGAAUGAUGAAAUUGAUGCCAUCGCAACGAAACGUUUUGAUGCCCAAACAGGUGCAGAUCGUGAAGUACAACGAAUUCUGUUGGAACUGUUGAAUCAGAUGGAUGGAUUUGAUCAAACCUCAAACGUUAAAGUUAUCAUGGCCACAAACCGCGCGGAUACUCUUGACCCAGCGCUUCUUCGCCCUGGCCGCCUUGAUCGUAAAAUUGAGUUUCCUUCUCUCCGCGACCGUCGUGAGCGUCGUCUCAUCUUUUCUACGAUCGCAUCCAAAAUGUCACUUUCUCCUGAAGUUGACCUAGACUCGCUCAUCAUCCGUAACGACCCUCUCUCGGGCGCUAUUAUAGCUGCAAUCAUGCAAGAGGCGGGUUUGAGAGCUGUAAGAAAGAAUAGGUACAAUAUCAUCCAGGCCGAUUUGGAGGAUGCCUACAGUAGUCAAGUUAAGGGUGGAAAUGAGGCGGAUAAGUUUGAGUUUUACCGUUAA